AUGUCUCGCCGGACGUCGACCAUGGCAUCCAGCAAUUCCAACAGUGUCCCACCUUCAGGUGACGGAGGUGCGUUGGAGCUCGGUUCGAUCCUAUGGAGACCAUUCAGCUUACAUUUUGCAGGCCAGGAGAAGCAGAAGAUGCUUCUUUCCUCCGAACAAGGUCACUUCAGCAUGGUGAAGGCCCUGCAUCUUGCCGAUCUGGUUACUGAAAUGAAUGUGAUGUCGGUCUUCUCCUCCAUGCGCUACUGCCUUGGUGACCCAACUGAUUAUGGUGCCAUCUGGGCUGCUCUCGCGUUCAUGCCUUUUGGUCUAUUCUUCGACUUCAUGGACGGCAAGAUUGCCCGUUGGCGCAAGAAGUCGUCUCUCAUGGGACAAGAGCUUGACUCCCUAGCGGAUUUGAUCUCCUUCGGACUCGCUCCCGCUGCCGCGGCUUUCGCCCUCGGUAUUCGCACCUCACUUGAUCACGUUUUCCUUACAUUCUUCGUUCUUUGCGGCUUGACCCGUCUGGCCCGAUUCAACGUCACUGUAGCCGUUCUGCCUAAGGACAAGACCGGCAAGUCCAAGUACUUUGAAGGCACCCCUAUCCCGACCACUCUCUCAAUUGCUUCUCUCAUGGCCUACUGGGUCUCCCAAAGCUGGACACACGACAACAUUCCUCUCGGUCUUUUCGCCGAAGGCACCAUUUUCGAGUUCCACCCUGUUGUGCUCCUGUUUGUCCUACACGGAUGCUUGAUGGUCAGCAAGUCCAUACAUAUUCCUAAGCCAUAA